UAUAUAUACUUAUAUUUUUUUUCAAGUAUGCCCCUUUUUUACCUCGCUUUCCAAUAAUCCAAAAGUUGGUAGUGUACAAGUUUGGAGCCUCAAAGUUAUUGAGGAAGUCUGGAAAGUGCUAAAGAAGACUUAACGUAAACAAUGAAAUGACUAUGUUUUAUAUAUACUAAAGUUAUAAAAAGGAAGUUCUAUGCAACUGUUUAAUUACGAUGUUGCCAUUGUCGUUUGGAAACCUAUGACAGGAAGAGCUUGCAAUUUAAAUGUCAAAGAACUCUGAGCAUUUACUCAUUGAAAGCAAUCUGAACUAUGCAUACGAAUCGUUAGGGUGAUUUUUCUUCUCAGUUUUUUUUAGUUUCGUCCAUCAAAAAGGGCAUUCUUCACUGGGAUCGCAUAGAUGGGAAAUAAGGAAGUAGCUCCAUACAAAGAACUGUCGUUUUAUAAAAUAAAAUAAGAUUGGACAAGUACGAUUGGAUCUUGACGUAUGGCUUUUACUUUUCAUGUGAUGGAAUUUUUCGAACGCCUGCUUUGGCGAACGAAUGUGGGCAACUGCAGCUCAAAAUGAUAAAAGAAGAGGAUUUCGUUUCGAAUUAAACAAUGAUCUUUCCUUCCAUCUUGAAGUAGGAUACUACCUACAAGCUUGUUCAUUUCACGGUUUACUCUUACUGUACUCAUAGAUUACUCUCUACUUUAUGUCUCAUUCACACUUAUGCCAUGAGUUUUCACUUGAUAAAAAUCACCUAACUAGUGCUGAAAAUAGUCUUCAGAAUGCUCUGACAGUUGCUGACAGUUCAUCCAGGAGAAAACCAUAUUAUAUCAAGAGCCCGCCGAAUGCAAAGAGGAUUUCAAGCAAAACAUGAAGAAAUGAAGCAUAAAUUUUAUAACUAAUUCAUAAAAGAAGUCUGAUUUUACACCUUUUUGGCAUGGACCUUGUUAUACGCAUACUCACCCUUUCCUAUGAUAUAUAAAGGAAUAUUCAUCCAAGUUUUUAGAUGUAUUACUUAGUGUUCCGUAAUAGCAUAUGCUACAAAUGGACCCGCAUAUGUUUUUAAAUCAAAUAAAGAAACAGCAGCAAAACACCGUCAGAUACAUCAAUAUUAAUAGAAGAAUCGAAUUAACUUCGAGAAAAAAAGCAGGUUAAAGGGAGCUAUUCUUUGAAUGUUUCUAGCAAGUUUUACAUUCUGUUUCAUGAAACUGGAUCUUUAGCAUUUUUCUAUUUUAUUUUUGCUUUUCCCUUAAUGACUUAAGUAGUAUACAUAUUUUGACCAAAUUUCUAUCUCAGGAAUAGCAAUUCAUUGUUAACAAUUUGAAAAUCUGCUGCAUAAACAUUUGGAAUUUCUCAAGUCUCUAUAUCCUCUUUCUCAACAAAUAUUAAGAGUGUACUCAAUCAAGUAAAAUGGGACUAUGCAAAUUUGUCUUGGUUUGCCUAUGUUCUUUCUUUGCACUUGGGUAUGCUUCAUUGAAUGAGCAAUAUAAUGAAGCUUUAUACUUGGAAAACUUGUCAAAUAGACAUACUUAUGCUUCAUUUACUUUUGAGAUUGAUAAAAAAACAAACAAAGAGAAUGGCUAUGCAUUUUCAGAGCCAAAUUAUCAAUUUUUCCCUCUUUCUCUGGCCCGAAUUAUGAAGGACCAGAAGGUAAUGGACCUUCAUGUUAGAGCGACUAAAGGUAGAUGGGAUUAUGGAUUUUGGAAGCAACCUCCUGACAAUGGGUUGCAGUCCGGAGGAUUGGGUUUCGAGGUUUGGGCCUCCUUUAUUGACGAUCAAGAUUUAGAGGCUUGGUACAAAUUAACUAGCCAACUUUCAGGAUUGUUUUGCUUUUCUUCGAAUAAUAUUGAUGAAUUAAAUACAUAUCAACCUCUCCUUUCGUUUGUACCGUCUUCAUUCACGUCUUCUCAUUCCCGAUAUUUUGCUUCUCUCCCUCAAGAGUCUGUUUGCACAGAGAAUCUCUCCUCUUUGCUCAAAUUUCUACCAUGUAAAGGGGAAGCUGGAAUUGCUUCGCUUAUAGACAGCCAUUUGCUGUUUGACACAGACUGGUAUUCUCUUUCAAUAGAUAUUGCGCCCAACCAUCCCGAUGAUCUUAGUUCCAUGAAAUUGAUUGUCAAGAUUCAGACUGUCAUUGACGUGGAAAGAACAAACAGAAGAAAACUGGGGACAAAGUUUCCACCUCCCCCUGAAUUUUGCAAUGAUGAUAUUGCGAAUGAUCCUUUGCGUUGCUUAACUGCCACUUACACAUCAAGUUCUCAUACCUUGGAAGACCUUUUUCAUAAGUUGCCUGAAACACAAUGUCCUCUUUCACCUUCUAAGGAUGAUAUACUCGUUAAAAAUUCGCCUAGUCUUGUCGUUUCGUAUCCUUUGGAGAUGGCAAGGGACAUUUCUGUUCCUGUUCUCCCUGAAAAGCGCCCGGAAUCUCCAGUUUUUAUUGAGAGAUCUUUGACUAAUUCUGGAAACCAUUGGGUUGGUAUCAUAUCAAUAUUUACGAAUCCCUCUGAUGAGGCGUAUAGCAUUGUGUACUUUGAACGAUUACCUUGGUAUGCUCGUGUAUAUCUUCAUACUAUGAAGAUAACCGUUAAUGACAAACCCAUAUCUCCUCUUGAAUUUUUUCAGGAUCAAGUGUAUCAGCCUUUAAAAGACCGUAAAGCUGGAACCAUGAUUGAAUCUCGGUUUGAAAUUCCUGCUCACUCAUCAGUCGUUAUAUCUUAUGACAUCGAAAAAACAACGUUGCGGCUUCAAGAAUACCCACCUGAUGCUAACAGGGGAUAUGACCUCCCGCCUUCCAUCGUUAGUGUUUUUGGUAAAGAUGAUGUUGAAAUAUGCCAAUUACGAACAUCGGCUCUGCUGAUGUUUAUCCCUACGCCUGAUUUUAGUAUGCCGUACAACGUUAUUAUUUUAACAUCAACCGUCAUGGCUUUAACUUUUGGAGGAAGUUUUAAUUUCCUUACAAGAAGAAUCGUUCCUAUUAGCGAACUACCAAAGUCACAGAAGCCGUCCUUGCUCCAAAGACUUCGCUCAAAAUUGAAAAGAAAAGAUAGAAACUCUACUUAAGACUUUAUUAAUGUUAAGGUAAUUCUUGUUUAAGCGGUUUGUUUUAUCUAAUUAUCGCAAUACGAAGGAAAUAAUUAUUUAUUAUUAUUGAAUGUCUUGACACAAAAUAUAAUCGUUAUAUUUAAGCACUAAUUACAAACGAUAGAAACAUUCUAGUAAUUCGAAGAAAAAUGCUUUAACAACGCCUGUUUUAAACGAACAUCCCGAUUAUGUUGAAACUGAGAAUACCGUUUACCUUUUCUAGAAAUGGGUUUCAAUCUGUUGGGACGCAAUUGAAUUCCAAUUCCCAAAGUAUCAUUUUUAACCCUUGCAUGACGGACAGGGGCUCGACGUCCCUGAUGCUCAGCACCUAGUCCAGAAACAUGGCCUUUCGGAGACCACCCAAAUUGGGAUAAAACUCGAUAACCAAGACUUUCUGGCUUCACAAGACCAGGUUGGAAUUUAUUAUCUAUAUGAUUUAUCGAUAAUAAAUGUCUCACAGACUUUGCGUGUGUUAUUUGGUUUUCAGCUUUAAUGAAUAUUUGACAAGUAGGACAUACCGACCCAGAUAUGUCAUUGACAGCAUUUGCUUUCACAUUCUUCACAUCUUCCGAAAAUAGAGAGUAAUAAAAAGAUGAAACAGAUUCUUUUUCUUUGAUUUUUUUCUGGCUUUCUGUUUGUUCUUCUUGAGACUUCACGAAGUUGAUUCGCGGCCGAUUCUUGUACAAACCAUAAGAUUGUACGUAUUUUUCAUGCUCUUUAUCGUUUAAAUCCAUUUUUUUCUAAUGAAUUUCACAUUUCAUCCGAUCGUUGCAUUGUAAUGAAGUAGGCAAAUACCGAGAACAAGUAUCUGGCAGAAUGACCAGGUGGAUCAAGCAGUUGUGGAUUCCAUAAGAGGUAAUACAGCUUGAUAAUCCAGCUUCUGAGAUUCAGAUAAAUUCUCUUUAACAAAUUGAAGAAUUUCUGUAAUUUUUUGUUUGCAUGGACUUAGUUCCUUCAAAUUUGCAUUGUUACAGUUUCUAUACGAAGAAACUAGUGUAAUGAGAAACUGAGUAUGGUGGGAAGAUAUGCGGUAAAAGUAAACAAUCAACAUUGACCGAAGCGUUUCUAAAAGAAAGAAAAGAAAUUCUGGGGCGUUACAAAGCAAUGGGUUCUGUAUCCGUAGGCAAAGCUGAUCCAACGUUGUCUGAUAUAUGUUAGAUAUAAUAUUUAAAGAAUAGAAAAGAUAUCGCAUCACUUACGCUAAGAUAUCUCAAAAAUCUUUCGUUCAGUUUGUUCAUGAGACACAUGCAUUGCACAAAAGCGAGACGAAUCACGGGAAUGCUGUCUGAGGCAAACUGAAAGAUGUACAUGACACCGUCCAGAAAUAACUUAUCCAGUAGAUUUGGUAUCUUCUUCUCAAUUUGAAUUAAUAAACGAAAUGAGGAAUCUAUAAGAGAAGCACAUGUCUCCGCUUUAUAUCGUGGGGGUAAGAAUGUGUAGAAAAGCAUUAGAUCUUCACGUAAAAUUUCCGCUAAGCCAGUAUAAGUUAAAAAUUCGAGUCCUGAUACAUCUACUAUUGACUGAACUAGCAGCAGACCCUUUUGCUUCACCAUAGGCUUGAGGUCAUUCAAGAUUCGCAACACUGAUGGAAUCAAUUUAUGCCAUCUAUCCCGAAUAGUAAAG